AGGCGCGGGUCGCGGGAGCCUCGGUUGGCGCCGGGAUGUGGAACCUGCUGCCCGAGACCGACUCGGCCGCGGUCACCGGGCGCCGCCCGCGCCUGCUCUGCGCUGGGGCCCUGGUGCUGGCCGGCGGCCUCUUCAGCCUCGGCUUCCUCUGCGGGUGGUUUAUAAAAUACUCCAGUGAAGCUGCUUACAUUGUUCCACAGCACAGCAUAAAGAAGGCGUUCUUGGAUGAAUUGAAAGCUGAGAACAUGAAGAAGUUCUUAUAUAAUUUUACACGGAUACCACAUUUAGCAGGAACAGAACAAAACUUUCAGCUUGCAAAGCAAAUUCAAUCCCAGUGGAAAGAAUUUGGCCUGGAUUCUGUUGAGUUAGCCCAUUAUGAUGUCCUGUUGUCCUACCCAAAUAAGACUCAUCCUAACUACAUCUCAAUAAUUGAUGAAGAUGGAAAUGAGAUUUUCAACACAUCAUUAUUUGAACCACCUUCUCCAGGAUAUGAAAAUGUCUCAGAUGUUGUGCCACCUUUCAAUGCUUUCUCUCCACAAGGAUUGCCAGAGGGUGACCUAGUGUAUGUUAACUAUGCACGGACUGAAGACUUUUUUAAAAUGGAGCGGGACAUGAAAAUCAAUUGCUCUGGGAAAAUUGUGAUUGCCAGAUAUGGAAAAAUUUUCAGAGGAAAUAAGGUUAAAAAUGCUCAGUUGGCAGGGGCCACAGGAAUCAUUCUGUACUCAGACCCUGCUGACUACUUUGCUCCUGGGGUGGAGCCCUAUCCAGAUGGCUGGAAUCUUCCUGGAGGUGGAGUCCAGCGUGGAAAUAUCCUAAAUCUUAAUGGUGCAGGGGACCCUCUCACACCAGGUUAUCCAGAAAUGAAUAUGCUUAUAGGCAUGGAAUUACAGAGGCUGUCGGUCUUCCAAGUAUUCCUGUUCAUCCAAUUGGAUACUACGAUGCACAGAAACUCCUAG